AUGGGUAGUGGAGCUCUCGAAACGAAUCGUUUAGCAAAUGGGGAAGCUGAGAACAGUCUUCACAAGCAGGUUUCUCAAGCUCCUGCUGCACUCGACAACUCGCUUUCUCAUGCCAAUGAUGCAGUUGCUGACCCUGAUGUUCCUGCUAAGAGGGUCAGGCUGCAGAAGGAGUUGACCUUUCAGGAUAUGUAUCAAAAUGAGGGCGUGUUUGACGAGGAUGACGAGGAUGACAGUGAUUGGGAGCCGUUUCAGUUACACAAGUGUGUGGAAUUUGAAAUCAAGAAGUGGUGCUGCAGAAAUUGUACUAUGGUCAACUUAGAUUGCAAUGAGAGUUGCUAUAUAUGUGGGGAGCAUAGGGAGUCUAAAAUCCUCAGCCAUGGGUUUUUUGCAUCUCCUUUAGCCCAAGACGAGGACCUGAUUGAAGUCCAGGGAGACGUAAAAAGACUGAAAGGUUUUAAAAAUAGAAAUGUGUGUAGGAAACCCAAAGUCAUGGGGAGCUUGGUGUACGAAUGGAGUGUGUAUGGCAAAAAGAAAUUUAUACAGGCUGGGGUGAAUGGAUUCGGAUCCUACUCUAGGAAUGUUAUAGACAAGUGUACUUGUGACAUAGUGCAAGCUUAUGUUGUAUUUGGAUUAGAGCGAGGAAAAAAGGAGGAAAGUGUGGAAAAUGGUUUAUGUGUGCGAAAAGUGUGGAUUUUGAGGCACCUCUUCAAACAGCGUCUUUAUGUUGAAAAGAAAUUACCUCCACAUCCUGAGAGGCCGGAUCGUCUUCAAGCCAUUGCUGCUAGUCUUGCUAGAGCUGGCAUAUUUCCUGGAAAAUGCUAUUCAAUUCCUGCUAGAGAAAUCACACCAGAAGAACUUAUUAUGGUUCAUUCUUUGGACCAUAUUGAGUCUGUGGAAGUUACAACCGAAUCACUUUCUAGUUAUUUCACUCCUGACACAUAUGCGAAUCAGCAUUCAGCACUUGCUGCUAGGUUGGCCGCUGGGUUAUGUGCUGAUCUGGCAUCAGCAAUUGUUUCCGGACAAGCAAAAAAUGGAUUUGCUCUGGUUAGGCCUCCUGGUCAUCAUGCUGGUGUAAGACAGGCAAUGGGGUUCUGCCUUCACAAUAAUGCUGCCGUGGCAGCAUUGGCUGCUCAAGCUGCAGGGGCUAGGAAGGUGUUAAUUUUGGAUUGGGAUGUUCAUCAUGGAAAUGGGACACAGGAAAUAUUUGAACAGAACAAAUCAGUCUUAUAUAUAUCAUUGCAUAGACAUGAGGGAGGAAAGUUUUAUCCUGGUACUGGAGCUGCUAAAGAGGUUGGUAGUAUGGGUGCUGAAGGAUACUGUGUGAAUAUUCCAUGGAGUCGAGGAGGAGUCGGUGACAAUGACUACAGUUUUGCAUUUCAGCAUGUCGUCCUUCCUAUAGCUUAUGAGUUUAACCCAGAUUUUACCAUAGUAUCUGCGGGAUUUGAUGCUGCAAGAGGUGAUCCCCUAGGAUGUUGCGAUAUUACUCCCUCUGGCUAUGCACACAUGACGCAUAUGUUGAAUGUCCUCUCGGGUGGAAAAUUGCUUGUUAUUCUUGAGGGGGGAUAUAAUCUUCGAUCUAUAUCAUCUUCAGCAACUGCGGUAAUCAAGGUAUUACUGGGUGAACAUCCUGGAUGUGAACUGGAAAAUAGUUUCCCUUCCAAAGCUGGCCUGCUAACAGUCCUGGAAGUCCUCAAAAUUCAGAUGAAGUUUUGGCUUUCCUUGGGUCCCAUUUUUGUGAAUUUGGAAUCACAAUGGAGGAUGUAUUGUUUGGGCUUGAAAAUAAGUAGUCUGAUUGAAAUUGUGAGUUGGGACAAUGGUAAAUCUGGUUCGAUUGAUAGCUCAGUCCUAUCUGAGCUUACAGUGGAAGCAAACAAAUUGUUGUCUAUCUUGAUUCCUUGUCUGAGUUGCAAUGAGCAAGAAGAUGGUGAUGGAAUGGAAGUGUGGCAAGCAUAG